AACGAACCAUGUCAGCAUCCGCAGCGCUUGUAAAAAGGCGCUUUGUGCAUCCCUAAUCCGCUGUGAUGUCACCGCGCAGGAGGAGGGGCCCCGCUGUCUGCUUUAACCCGGCAAUUUGUCGUCGUCCCUCCGGACGAAACAAACCGCAGCAAGCCGACCGAGCGAGCGGGCACCGGGGGUGGGUAGAAGGUGCAUGGAGGCAGGGAUGUAUAGGGCCGGAGAAGGUCCUCUCUUCUACUGACGAGAAGGAGUGCUGUCAGCAUUGCUGCAGAAAUUGAAGAGGUCGGGGGUCAGCCUGUUAGUGCUCAGAUCAUACGCCGCACUCUACAUCAAAUUGGUGUGCAUGGCUGUCACCCAAGGAGGAAGCCUCUUCUGAAGACGGGUUUCCAUGUAGGGGAAAGGACUAUGUUUUAAAAAUUGGAGCACGCUACCUCAGUAAAAUGAGCCAUAAGUAUCCGGAAGAGCGGAGUGGGGAAGUGGAUGACGAAUGCUCUGUUGCUCCAGUUUCUCAGAGGACUAGGCAGAAUAACAGUUCAGUGCCUGGAGAACCUCCUUUACGUCGACCCUGGAGGCCAUGUCAGAUGCUCAGUCCAGAUGGAGAGUUGAAUCCGCAUCAUCAUCACCAUCAUCAAACUCAUCAUCAUCAUCAUCAUCACCAACCUGCAGGCCGUGGUGGUCCACACCGUCAACGCCGGCGUCCACCAUCAGAUCAGGCCCAAGGCCAAAGUCAGGCUAAUUUUCCCAGUUCUGCCUCAGAACCAAUUCUUUCCAGUGAAAGUCAAGCCACAAAACCACGUCCUGUCCCACAGCUCCGGCCUGCUGUCACCCGUUACCGCCGUCGUGGUGACCCAAAUCCAAGACUCAAAGGGCAAAGACAGAAGCCACUAAACAAAGAGAUACAAGAAUCUAAGGAAUCAGCACUUGCAGAGCACAGAGAAGGUCAUGGAGAAAUUAGAAAUCAGCAAAAGAAUACAGAACCACUCCAGGACAGAACGUCUUCUCCCCAAACUCCUGUUGCUUCGAUCAACACAACGGACCACUCACCUGGACCAGCGAGUCAUGACCUUCAAUUAGAGAUCCAAGAAAAUGAUGUGGUCUGUAAAGAAAAUAUGAAAGAAGUUAUGGAGAAUAAAGAACAUGGACCAGUUGGCCAUUUGGAAGAUCAUUACUCGGCUAAAGAUCACUCUUGUUGCGCGCAUGACGACAUGCAGGCGGUUCAAGAUGGAUCAGAGGUAUGUGCAGCCAAGGAGGUGGAAAAUCAUGAGGAAGAGCUGGAUGUUUUGGAAGUUGAAGCUCAGGGGAGUGAAAUCACAGAUCUCUGCUCAGACACAGAAAGUGCAGCCUCUCUGAGUAAUGAUGGACCUCUUCAUAGCCCACCGCCACUCCAGUCCCCUACCCCACCAUCGUCCCCCGACACACCGCUUUUUCCUCAUCUGGACCACUUUGGUGAGGAAACCAGUAUGAGCCCUCUGCCUGACAAUGACAUGCUGCCUGAAGACGAAGACGACUGCGCCGAAUCAACCUUGGAAUAUUACCCUAAAACCUAUGCAGACUUUUAUACAGAGUCCCACCAAAAGUCCUUUGUGGAGCCGGUAGAAAAUUCUGAGACAAAAUCCCAUCCCAAAUCUUUUCCAGAACCUCUUAAGACAUCCUAUUCAGAAGCACUCAGAGAUACUUGCAUGCAGUCUCAUCAGAAGUCUGAGCCGAAUGAAACCCAGCAAGGGUUCCACCAUAAACCAUUUACCAGCCAUAGACAGGAGGAUUUCCAAAAAUCCUCUCCUAUGAAGGGACCCCAUCACGUACCAAAGCGGGGCAAAGACCGAGGUUACCAUCCAUCUCAAGUGGAUAGCUCUGUCGGCUGCCGACUACACCACUAUGAUGGUCAGUCUGACGGAGAGGGGGGUAGUGCUAAUCAAAGCCCCAUUCAGAAAAGUUUGAGGCAUGUACCUCGACAAGCAGAUGCACAGACGAAAAAUUCAUCAUCUGUCCAGAGGGUCUUAGAAGAGACCAAAGAUGAGGUUUGCCUCUCAGCAGAGGAAUGUACAAAAGUCCCAGGCGACGCCAUCAGCUUAGUAAUUAAAGACAUAAGGGAGGCCAUCGAAGAGGUUAAGACCAAGACGAUAAGGUCCCCCUACACACCCGACCAGCCUGUAGAGCCCAUUUGGGUAAUGAGACAGGAAAUCAGCCCUAUAGAGGAAGUCGAUCCACUGCAAAUGAUGACAGGCCAUUCUAUUUCCAGGUCUCCAUCCCAACAUGGAUCCGUGUCAGAUCAGGAAUCUGGCAGUCCACUGAAUAUCGAGUCAUCUAGAUCGCUCCAUUCUCAACAAUAUCAAGAGCAUCAGUCCGAAGGACGUCACAUGAGAGGGGAUGCCAUCACGCAACCGCAAUUAUAUGUGCAACCUAAUCAAACACAACCACAGCAUCCUCCUCAGCAGCCAAGGCAUCAAGUUCAACCAGCUCCACAGCAGCCACCUGUGCAAGAGAUUCGCAGAUCUCUCCCGUCAUUUCCCACAUUUGUUGAUGUCCCAGGUCCAUGUGACCCUGAUGAUCUUAUUGACGGCAUCAUCUUUGCCGCAACCUACCUGGGCUGCACACAUCUGCUGUCAGAGCGGACACCCACAAAGAGUGCCCGCAUGCAACAAGCGCAAGAAGCCAUGAAUAGAGUGCAGGCAGCUCAGAAGCAAGCAAAGAACAGGAAAAAUAGUCCUGACAGUGAGAGUGCUCCAUGUACCGCUGAGGUAGAUCUAUUCAUGUCCACACAAAGAAUCAAAGUCCUCAAUGCAGAUACUCAGGAGUCCUUAAUGGAUUUGCCGCUGAGGACCAUCUCAUACAUAGCCGACAUUGGCAACAUGGUGGUCCUGAUGGCCAGAGGGAAGAUGGUCCGUUCCCGUAGUGCGCAAGAAAACUUGGAGCACACAGCUGAGCAAACCACCAUGUCCAAUGAUGACAGACGGCUCUACAGGAUGAUCUGUCAUGUUUUUGAGUCGGAAGAUGCCCAGCUGAUUGCGCAGUCCAUUGGUCAGUCCUUCAGUGUGGCCUAUCAGGAAUUCCUCAGGGCCAACGGCAUCGACCCCGAGGAUCUGAGCCAGAGGGAGUAUAGCGACCUACUCAACACUCAGGACAUGUACAACGAUGACCUCAUCCACUUCUCCAAGUCUGAGAACUGUAGAGAUGUUUACAUUGAGAAGCAGAAGGGGGAGAUAUUGGGUGUGGUGAUAGUGGAAUCAGGCUGGGGAUCCAUCCUCCCGACAGUCAUUAUAGCCAGUAUGAUGCACGCCGGUCCCGCUGAGAAAUCCGGUCGACUCAACAUCGGUGAUCAAAUAAUGACUGUCAACGGCACCAGCCUAGUGGGUUUACCGCUUAGCACCUGCCAGAGCAUCAUCAAGGGGCUUAAGUCUCAGUGCAGGAUCAAGAUGAACAUUGUCCGGUGCCCUCCUGUUACCAUGGUGCUCAUUCGCAGGCCAGACCUCAGAUAUCAACUGGGCUUUAGUGUCCAGAACGGCAUUAUCUGCAGCUUAAUGAGGGGAGGAAUCGCAGAGAGGGGCGGUGUUCGCGUUGGCCAUCGCAUCAUCGAGAUCAACGGACAGAGUGUCGUGGCGACACCUCACGAGAGGAUUGUUCAGAUCCUAUCAAACGCCAUGGGGGAGAUCCAUAUGAAGACGAUGCCUGCAGCCAUGUACCGCCUACUUACAGCACAGGAGCAACCUGUCUACUUAUGAGCACACGUUUUUUUGUCUCUUCAUCAUCCAGCUUUCACUCCUUUAAGUAGCGUCCACCUCUUAGCAACCUGUUCAUCAUCACGCUAAUUGCCUUAAUCUGUACAGUGCACAACAUAGACAUCAACAGCAUAAUUUUUGUUUUUUGAGCUAUGUGCUCCUGUGAUGUGGUACAAUAUGUUGGACCAAAGAUAAAUCGACGGUCUUAUUGUGUAUAUGUAGGCAGGAAAGAGAGUAAAUGUUAUUUUGGUCUAAUAGCUAUAAUAUCUGAAUGUAUAUCAUCAUGUUGGACCUAAAUAUUGUCAGGGCAACGCAAAUGUUUAACAAGUGAAGCAAAGCAUGUUCAUUACUGCUUAAUAAACUCAAAGCCAUCACCAACAACAUCUGGUUUUCAGAUUUGUAUUUGACAUACUUGUGGAUGCAGUGUCUAAUUGAAGAUUUAUGCAACUUCAAUUACUUUAUACUUAGUACCAGUGGUUGAAUGUAAUCGAAGUACUUACUGUACUUAAGUACAUUGUUGUGUAUCUGUACUUUACAUGGGUACAAAUAUGAAGUGGUACUUUUGACUUUACUAUAUUUUACAGCAUGAAUCUGUACUUUUAACUUCACUACUUUUCGAAUUGUCCCCUGCGUUAAACGCAGAAGUGGGUAGUAACGCGUUACAUGUACUCUGUUACAUUUACUUGAGUAAUGUUUUCAGAAAAAUGUACCGCUAAGAUUAGUUUUAUUAAGCCACUUUUUACUUUUACUUGAGUAGAUUUGUGAGGGAAAAAAACUAUUACUCCACUACUUUGGACUACACAAGAGUUGUUACAUUUUUCCUCUUUAUUCUACAUAUUAUCAUUUUUUUUUGCUAGUGAUGCUAUUGCCAUGAGUAGCGCUACUAAUUUCACCAAUGACACGUCACAACAAUCAGAGGCGUCGCGUCCCAUUAGGCAAACCAGGCAAUUGCCUAGGGCCCCCAGCCAGCAGGGCCCCCCAGAGGGCCACAGAUUUAGCACACGCAGCUUUACUGCACUGUCGCAGCGACAAGUGUAGGGAGUGUCAAUACCAUGGAAUCAUUUGGCAGAUUAUCUAAUGAUUCUGUUAUCAAUCCCAAUCAGCACGAGCCAUGUCACUUAGAUUAUACAUGUUUAAGAAAGUCCAAUCAGCUAUCAAUACCACAUGAUUGUUUAAAGAGUGACUCAUCAAGUACUCUCUGGAAAGUCCUUGCAGAGUUGUUUUACGUUGAUUUUUACAGGCCACCUCAUUAUUCAUGUGACUACUCAAAGAAAUUGUGAUUUUUCAAAAAAAAAAAAAAAAAAAAAAGUCUAUUAAUGGUAUCUAUCAUAUUCCUUGUUGAAUACUCUAUAUGCAUCUAAAAUAAUCCUAAACGAUUUAAUUAGCAAUUUUAAUACUCCUUUUAGCAAGGUUCCUUGGGUAUGCGUAUGUUCCAAUAGCAACCAGUCCUGUUAUUGUCCUACGUCACAAGCGCUGCGUAUUCUGGGAGCGAGAAUAGGCGUAAGGUGCGCAUUUCGAGCAGAGAGUAAUCUUGAGUGCUUCCAUGAACAAAUGUAAGUAC